GCUGUUGGUGGCUGGUCGGUUAGCUAAACUAGUCUCUGUUGUCAGUUUUCAAGAGCGGCAACAUAUGAAGUUAUAAUUUUUUAUUCUUGUCUUUGCGCUCAAUAUAAUAGCGACAAUGUUUGAAGAGGCUAGUGAAGUGUUUGAUAACAUGUUUAAGUCUUCAUUUCCCUUUACCUUCAUUGUGUUUAUCCCCGCGGUGCUGAUUUUGGUGUCACCGCUCCCAGCUGAGGCUGCACAUGAGUUCACGGUGUACCGCAUGCAGCAGUACGACCUGCAGGGACAGCCGUACGGUACGAGGAAUGCCAUCCUGAACACUGAAGCCCGUACUGUGGAGGCAGAGGUACUAAGUCGUCGCUGUGUUAUCAUGCGACUGGUAGACUUCUCCUAUGAUAAGUACCAGAAAGCUCUACGCCAGUCAGCAGGAGCAGUGGUCAUAACCCUACCCAAGAACAUGUCUGCUAUGCCCCAGGACAUAGUACAGCAGUUCAUGGAGCUGGAACCGGAGAUGUUGGCUACUGAGACUGUUGUCCCCGUGUACUUUGCCAUGGAGGAUGAUGAGCUGCUGUCCAUCUACACCCAAACCCUGACCUCCUCCUCCUCCCAGGGCUCUUUGUCGGCAGCUGAAGUGCUGCUGCACACAGCCACAGCCAAUGGCUUCCAGAUGGUAACCAGUGGAGCUCAGAGUAAAGCCAUCAGUGACUGGGCCAUCACCAGUUUAGAGGGCCGUCUGGCUGGAGUUGGAGGAGAGGAUCUUCCCACUAUUGUCGUGGUGGCUCACUACGACUCCUUUGGUGUUGCUCCAUGGCUGUCGUACGGAGCCGACUCAAACGGCAGCGGAGUAUCCAUGUUAAUAGAGUUGGCUCGCCUCUUUUCAAAGCUCUACACCUACAAGAGGACGCACGCGGGGUACAAUCUGCUGUUCUUUGUGUCUGGUGGAGGCAAGUUUAACUACCAGGGUACCAAACGUUGGCUGGAGGACAACCUGGACCACACAGACUCCAGUCUGCUGCAGGACAACGUAGCCUUCGUGUUGUGUCUGGACACUCUGGGGAAUGGAGACUCUCUGCACCUCCAUGUGUCCAAACCUCCUAAAGAGGGAACUUCUCAGUAUUCUCUGCUGAAGGAGCUGGAGAUGGUGAUUACAAGUCAAUACCCAGAGGUCAAAUUCUCCAUGGUACACAAGAAAAUUAAUCUGGCCGACGACAUGCUGGCCUGGGAGCAUGAGCGCUUCGGAAUCCGCCGGCUGCCGGCCUUCACUCUGUCCCAUCUGCCCUCACACCGCCUGGCUCAGCGCUCCAGCAUCAUGGACGUGCGGUCAGUGUUCCCCUCUUCUCGCCACGGAGCGGGAGAGCCCCCUGCUGGGCCUCAUGUUGAUGUGAAGAAGCUUAGCAGGAACACCAAGGUGGUAGCAGAGGCUCUAGCUAGGGUCAUCUACAACCUCACAGAGAAGGGAGCCCCUGGAGACUUGCGAAUCUUCACUGAACAAAUGGAGGUGCAGGAGGAGCAGCUCUCAGCAGUGGUGGACUGGCUCACUGCGCAGCCCCGAGCCGCCCAGCUGGUAGACAAAGACAGCAGCGUGGUGUCCACUCUGGAAUAUCACCUUGGACGCUACCUCAAGGAUGUCAAGAAACACUACGUCAAAGCCGACAAAAGGGAUCCAGAGUUUGUAUUCUACGACCAGCUCAAACAGACGAUGAAUGCAUACAGAGUGAAGCCUGCUAUUUUUGACCUGCUGCUUGCUGUCUGCAUUGCAGCCUACUUAGGGGCGAUGUAUCUGGCUAUCCAGAACUUUGGAGUCUUGUACAGCGUUGUCCGUAGAAUCACCCAACCCAAGGCAAAGGCUCACUAAGUCUCCAGACCCUACCUUUUUUUUUUUUUUUUUACUAAAUCAAGGAACUCUCUAACCAGUAAGAUCUCAGAAGCUGGGCCAAGCAGUUGUUCUCUUGGUGGUUUUUAAACCAGCAAAAUCACUUCCAUUUCCUUCAUCCUGAUCCUCAAACGAUGUCAGAUCCUGUCCUGCUGCCAACAUAAUCCAUUUGGUCUCCUGGACCAGAAUAAUCAGGAAUUGUUUGUCUCACAUCACUCAUUUCAGGUAAUUCCUUGCAUUGGAAUAUUUUAUCAUUUGACUCUGAGAAGUCUAAACCAUUUGUCCACAUCAGAGGUGGAGACAAGAUUAAUCGAGUUUGUGCUGCUGUACCAUUGAUUGCUGAAAAAUGAGCACUCUGCCUAACUGAUGUCAUGUGCCCUCUCCUGCAGCCAAAAAGGAGAGUUUAGCCUAGAUUUUUGUUAAAUGAUAGGCUCACGUUUUCAAAUCUGUCUUAAUACAGGACUCGCGUUCCUAUAAAAACUUAAUUGCUGUAAUAAUUUUCUCUCUCCACUGUCCUUGUUCUGUCUAAAGACACUUUCUAAAAUUAAGCUCAAGAUAAAACGAGGCUUCAGCCGUCUGGGGUAAUGAGAAAGUUGAAAAUUCCCUCAUCAGCGAGAAACUGAAGCAUGAAAACAAGGAUUAACUUUGGAAUGCAUUUUUGCACAGAAAGGACUGUGGAUUUGUCAGCAACUAUUUUCAGUUAUCUGUUGAUUAGAAAUGUGAAAAAUAGAGUAAUGCUCAGGACCAAAAGACAAAGGUAUUCAAUUCACAAUGUUUGGCUUUUGUGUUUGAUAACUUGUUGCUUCAGUCCUGCAUGUCCUCACUGGACCUGAGGAGCAAUUGGAGUACACAGCAACUGUUUCAGUGCAAAUGUGGGAAAUGCGAGUACUGAGUUAAGAUGCACAAACUGUAGCCUUCAACUCCUGUCGACCACAAACAUUUAUAGAAAAGAUGAAUCGUCUAAAUAUGUAGUGUUUAGGUAA